UAGCCAAUCAGUAACUUGUAUUGUCACGUGUUGUUUGCGUAGCGCCAAAUAGCGUACCAAAAAAAAUGAUUGAUGGUGAAGCCGACCAAUCAAUAACUGAGCUGCCGGUACGCCUCACAUUUGUCGUCAAAACAGGCGGGGGCGUGAGGGUAAUUGAUUGAUGGCGGAACUGGCCAAUCAUAACGGCAAUAAGGUGGAGUUGUAGGACGUCAUUUGCGACUUCGGCGAAUCAUAUCAGGGAAGCUAGUGACGGAGGUGGGCUCAGCAGAGAGUUGGGUAAGGAUGGAAUCCGCCAAAUUUAAGAAAGAAUUGAUCAGUAAGUUACUGUACUUCUAUUUUACGGAUCAGAAAACCAAAGUCAAUGGCGAUGCUGUCAUCAUUAUGUGUGAAAUGGUAAAGUUAUUUGUGAUAGAGGCAGCAGCUCGAACAGCCAGACAGGCUUCCUCUGAAGACUCUAAGGCAGCAGAGAUUGACCAUUUUGAGAAGGUUUUGCCUCAGCUGCUUCUGGAUUUCUAGGAUCAGAUAUUUCCGCCAGGUGGUGCUAAUUUUACAGCACAGAAACAGGCCCUUUUGGCCCACCACAAACCUUUCCAUCGAAACAAUAUGAUCAUACUGCUGAAACCACUGUCACCUGUUGUAGAGCUGAUGGGACUGCUUCUUCACAGUUUAAGUGUGAUAUAUAUUGUGAAUUUGAUGUCAGUGUUUCAUUACUUAUAACCAUUAUUAUUUAAUUCUAUUUUUCCCUUCAUGUGUUUUGAAGGAGCUAUAUUGUACCACAGGAGAGCAGAAUGGGCAUUCUUGUCUUUAAACUAUAGAGUUUCAAACUUUGGUUCCCAGGUGGAUCAGUUUUUAAAAAGGUGCUGUCUUAAGGCAAUGGGUUAGAAAAAGCUUUGAAGACCAGCCAAGAUUCAACAAACGCUAAUUCAUAAUGUUGUGUUAAGCAUUCAAUGACUUGAGAAACCUUGAAGAUUCAAGGUUCACAGUACAUGAAACCAUUAAAACUGGAAGAGAAGACAAAGUAAAUGUUUUGGAUAUCAAUAUUGUUGACUGUGUGCCUUUUGUAACCAGAACAUCAUGUACACUUAUUAAAAGCAGAAGCUAAUUGUU